UUCAUCGCAAAGACCUUGAAACUGGGGUGGGGGAGGCAGGACUCUGCUUGGGAUCGCAGACGGUCAGGGUACGCAGAGUUCAGUAUGCACGCGGGGGUCACUAUGACAGCGGUCAGGCAGCAGAGGCAGGAGGAGUCCAGUACACUCUGGAGACAUGGGGUUCGGGCUCCAUCCAUCCUGGUUCCUUCCUCCGCUGACCAAGAGCCGACCGCGUGUCUGGUCAUGCUUCAGUUUACCGUUCUAUAGGAUGGGGUCGUUUGUCAUGCCCAGCUAAAGGGGGCGGAGUUCGCGCAGGCUCAGCACCCGCAAGGGGCGCGCGGCGCGGUGCUGGGUGUGCAUGGAUGCUGCUGGCUCUGGCCCUUUGAGGUCCGCGGGGCCUCUGCCGGGAAAUAUCCUCGCCUGCCGUCCACGAGGCUCCCACAGCGACGCCAGACUCUCAGGAUCCACAGCCGGGUGCGAUCUCCCAGCUCGCAGGGGAGCGGCCAGUGGCCAGGAGUUGCCCGGGCCAGCCGAGGCCGCGGCUGCCCGGGCCUGCCUGACCCUCGAGGGGGUCGCUGUUGCCUCGCGGAUUCCUCCCUCGCUCCCCGCCCGCGUCCCUCCCCGCUGCUCCCGCCGCGUCCGCCUUUUGUUCGCCGAGCCGCGCGCCCCCGAGCCGAGGCGGCGGGGCGGGGAACUGGCGGGGCUGCGUGGGGGGCGGGCCGCGCCGGGCGGAGCCGGGGCCCUGGCCUCAGCCGGACUGGGAGUCCGAGGCGGCGAUCGCCGACCAGGCGGUAGCCGGGGUCCGGGCUCGAUCCGAGGGCGCGGCGAGGCGGAGGGGGCGGGCACCGGGCGGAGCCGGAGCCGGAGUCGCGGUGCCUGGAGGAGAUCGGGCCGCGCGCUGCGAGCACCAAGUAGCGGAGAGGACGCGCGGCGCGGGCCAGGGCCCGAGCGCAGUCCCCGGACGCAGGAGGCCGGAGCCCAGUCGCGGCCUGAGCAGCGGGAGCGCAUCCGAGACCCGCCGCAGGGACCCCCAGACCGGCCGCUCCCGGGCCAUGCGCGCCGCUCGCUGAGAGCCGGGGAGGCCACGAUGGAGGCGCCAGCGGGAGAGUCAUCGGCGAGGGGCAACUGCCCCCCGCCUGCACCCGCGCCCCCCACGGAAAGGAAGAAGAGCCACCGCGCGCCGUCGCCAGCCCGGCCCAAGGACGUGGCCGGCUGGUCUCUGGCCAAGGGCCGCCGUGGCACAGGCCCGGGCGCCGCUGCAGCCUGUGGCGCCGCGUCCUCGGCGAGGCCGGACAAGAAGGGGCGCGCGGUGACGCCCGGAGCCCGGGGCACGGGGCCGCGAGUGGCCGGGGUGCGCACAGGGGUCCGCGCCAAGGGCCGCCCUCGUCCGGGUACCGGGCCGCGCCCGCCGCCGCCGCCGCCCAGCCUCACCGACAGCAGCUCCGAGGUGUCGGACUGCGCGUCGGAGGAGGCGCGCCUGCUGGGCCUGGAGCUGGCGCUGAGCAGCGACGCCGAGUCUGCGGCGGGUGGCCCUGCGGGGACCCGCACCGGGCAGCCACCCCAGCCCGCGCCGUCGGGGCAGCAGCCUCCGCGGCCGCCCACCUCCCCGGAUGAGCCGUCGGUGGCCGCAUCGUCGGUGGGCAGCAGUCGCCUGCCACUCAGCGCCUCGCUCGCCUUCUCCGACCUCACCGAGGAGAUGUUGGACUGCGGGCCCGGCGGCUUGGUGCGGGAGCUGGAAGAGCUGCGCUCCGAGAACGACUAUCUCAAGGAUGAGAUCGAAGAGCUGCGGGCUGAGAUGCUGGAAAUGCGAGAUGUCUACAUGGAGGAAGAUGUGUACCAGCUACAGGAGCUGCGGCAGCAGCUGGACCAAGCCAGCAAGACCUGUCGCAUCCUGCAGUACCGACUGCGUAAAGCUGAGCGCCGCAGCCUCCGUGCUGCCCAGACAGGCCAGGUGGAUGGUGAGCUCAUCCGUGGUCUGGAGCAGGACGUCAAGGUCUCUAAGGACAUCUCCAUGCGGCUUCAUAAGGAGCUGGAGGUGGUGGAGAAGAAGCGGAUGAGGCUGGAGGAGGAGAACGAGGGGCUUCGGCAGAGGCUCAUCGAGACGGAGCUGGCCAAGCAGGUGCUGCAAACGGAGCUGGAUCGUCCCAGAGAGCAUUCCUUGAAGAAAAGAGGAACCCGAUCUCUGGGGAAGACAGAUAAGAAGCCCACUGCACAGGAGGACAGCGCAGAUCUGAAAUGCCAGCUGCAUUUCGCAAAGGAGGAGUCGGCCCUCAUGUGCAAGAAGCUCACCAAGCUGGCCAAGGAGAACGACAGCAUGAAAGAGGAGCUGCUCAAAUACCGCUCCCUCUAUGGGGACCUGGACGCAGCCCUGUCCGCGGAAGAGCUGGCUGAUGCUCCUCACUCCCGUGAGACAGAGCUGAAGGUGCACCUGAAGCUGGUGGAGGAGGAGGCCAACCUCCUGAGCAGGCGCAUCGUGGAGCUGGAGGUGGAGAACCGGGGACUUAGGGCCGAGAUGGAUGACAUGAAGGACCAUGGGGGCGGUGGUGGCCCCGAGGCCCGGCUGGCUUUCUCUGCUCUCGGUGGUGGUGAGUGUGGGGAGAGCCUGGCCGAGUUGCGGCGCCACCUGCAGUUCGUGGAAGAGGAGGCAGAACUGCUGAGGCGCUCCUCGGCGGAGCUGGAGGACCAGAACAAGUUGCUGCUGAACGAGCUGGCCAAAUACCGGUCUGAGCAUGAGCUGGACGUGACGCUGUCGGAGGACAGCUGCUCGGUGCUCAGCGAGCCCUCACAGGAGGAGCUAGCAGCUGCCAAACUGCAGAUCGGCGAGCUCAGCGGCAAGGUUAAGAAGCUGCAGUAUGAGAACCGCGUUCUCCUCUCCAACCUGCAGCGCUGCGACCUGGCCUCCUGCCAGAGCACACGCCCCAUGCUGGAGACAGACGCUGAGGCCGGGGACUCCGCACAGUGCGUGCCUGCCCCUCUGGGCGAGGCGCUGGAGCCCCACACUGCCCGGCUCUGCAGGGCCCGCGAGGCUGAGGCGCUGCCUGGGCUGAGGGAGCAGGCCGCCCUGGUCAGCAAGGCCAUCGACGUCCUCGUGGCUGAUGCCAAUGGCUUCUCGGUUGGCCUCCGCCUGUGCCUGGACAACGAGUGUGCAGACUUGCGGUUGCAUGAGGCACCUGAUAACAGCGAGGGCCCCAGGGAUGCCAAGCUCAUCCAUGCCAUCCUGGUGCGGCUGAGCGUGCUGCAGCAGGAACUGAACACUUUCACACGCAAGGUGGAUGUGGCCUUGGGGAGCUCUGGCAAGGAGCAGCCAGAGUCCUUCCCUGCACUGCCCACCUUGGGCUCCCAGGGGCCCUCUAAGGAGAUCAUACUGGCCAAAGACCUUGGCUCCGACUUCCAGCCAUCUGACUUCAGAGACUUGCUGGAAUGGGAGCCUAGGAUCCGGGAGGCCUUCCGUGCUGGUGACUUGGACUCCAAGCCUGACCCCAGUCGGAACUUCAGGCCUUAUCGAGCUGAAGAUAAUGAUUCCUAUGCCUCUGAGAUCAAGGAGCUUCAGCUGGUUCUGGCCGAGGCUCACGACAGCCUCCGGGGCUUGCAAGAGCAGCUGUCCCAGGAGCGGCAGCUCCGGAAAGAGGAGGCUGACAGCUUCAACCAGAAAGUAGUCCAGCUGAAAGAAGACCAGCAGAGAGCGUUGCUGAGGCGGGAGUUCGAGCUGCAGAGUCUGAGCCUCCAAAGGAGGCUGGAGCAGAAAUUCUGGAGCCAGGAGAAGAACAUACUGGUGCAGGAAUCCCAGCAGUUCAAGCACAACUUCCUGCUGCUCUUCAUGAAGCUCAGGUGGUUCCUGAAGCGCUGGCGGCAGGGCAAGGUUCUGCCCCACGAGGAGGAUGACUUCCUGGAGGUGAACAGCAUGAAGGAACUGUAUCUGCUGAUGGAAGAAGAAGAGAUGAACGCCCAGCACUCGGAUAACAAGGCCUGCACAGGGGACAGCUGGACCCAGAACACGCCUAACGAGUACAUCAAGACCCUGGCUGACAUGAAGGUCACACUGAAGGAGCUGUGCUGGCUGCUCCGGGACGAGCGUCGGGGUCUGACUGAACUUCAGCAGCAGUUCGCCAAGGCCAAGGCCACGUGGGAGACGGAACGGGCAGAGCUCAAGGGCCAUGCCUCGCAGAUGGAGCUGAAGGCUGGGAAGGGCGCCAGCGAGAGGCCCGGGCCUGACUGGAAGGCUGCACUGCAGAGGGAGCGCGAAGAGCAGCAGCACCUCCUGGCCGAGUCCUACAGCGCCGUCAUGGAGCUGACGCGGCAGCUGCAGAUGAGCGAGCGCCACUGGAGCCAGGAGAAGCUGCAGUUGGUGGAGCGGCUGCAGGGCGAGAAGCAGCAGGUGGAGCAGCAGGUGAAGGAGCUGCAGAACCGCCUCAGUCAGCUGCAGAAGGCUGCCGAACCCUGGGUCCUGAAGCACUCAGACCUGGAGAAGCAAGACAACGGCUGGAAAGAGACACGAAGUGAGAAGGCCCACGACAAGGAGGGUGUUUCUGAAGCUGAGCUUGGGGGAACCGCCUUAAAGAGGACCAAAUCAGUUUCCUCCAUGUCUGAGUUUGAAAGUUUGCUCGACUGUUCCCCCUACCUUGCUAGUGGGGAUGCCCGGAGCAAGAAGCUGCCCAACAGCUCUGCUUUUGCCUUUGUGAAUACCGAAUCGGUGGAGCCUGAGAAAGAUGCCAAGGAAAACUCUGGGCUUUCCACCCGGGACUGCAGCCGUGUGGGUACCCUGGCCUGCCAGGAGCCUGCAGGGAGGCAGAUGCAGCGCAGCUACACUGCUCCAGACAAGACGGGCAUACGAGUCUACUAUAGUCCCCCAGUGGCCCGGCGCCUGGGCGUCCCUGUGGUCCAUGACAAGGAGGGCAAGAUCCUCAUUGAACCAGGCUUCCUCUUUACUACAGCCAAGCCCAAGGAGUCAGCCGAGGCAGAUGGACUGGCCGAGAGUUCCUAUAGCCGGUGGCUUUGCAACUUCUCCCGGCAGCGCCUGGAUGGAGGCUCUGGGGGCAACACCUCGGCUUCUGGACCUGCUUUUCCGGCAGCCCUGCAUGACUUUGAGAUCUCGGGCAACAUGAGCGACGACAUGAAGGAGAUCACCAACUGUGUGCGGCAGGCCAUGCGCUCUGGCUCGCUGGAGAGGAAGGUAAAGAGCACGUCCAGCCAGACGGUGGGCCUGGCCAGUGUGGGCACACAGACCAUUCGGACGGUCAGUGUGGGCCUGCAGACUGACCCGCCCCGCAGCAGCCUCCAUAGCAAGAGCUGGUCACCCCGCAGCUCCUCUCUCAUGUCAGUACGCAGCAAACAGAUCUCCUCCUCCCUGGACAAGGUCCACUCGCGCAUUGAGCGGCCAUGCUGCUCGCCCAAGUAUGGCUCCCCUAAGCUCCAGAGGCGGUCAGUGUCCAAGCUGGACAGCACCAAGGACCGCAGCCUGUGGAACCUGCAUCAAGGCAAGCAGAAUGGCUCUGCCUGGGCCCGCUCCACAACCACGCGGGAUAGCCCGGUGCUGAGGAACAUCAACGAUGGGCUGUCUAGCCUUUUUAGCGUGGUGGAGCACUCAGGGAGCACGGAGUCUGUCUGGAAACUGGGCAUGUCUGAGGCCCGAACCAAGCCCGAACCUCCCAAGUAUGGCAUUGUACAGGAGUUCUUCCGGAACGUGUGUGGACGGGCCCCAAGCCCCACGACUGCAGCAGGAGAUGAGAGUUCCAAGAAACCAGAACCUCUUUCCCCUGCCAGCUACCAUCAACCUGAGGGUGUAGCCAGGAUCCUGAAUAAGAAGGCAACCAAGGCAGGUGGUAGUGAAGAGGUCAGACCCACCAUGCUUUCCCAGGUGGGGAAGGAUGGUGCCCUUCGGGAUGGAGAUGGAGCCUUAAUUCUUCCCAGUGAGGAUGCUGUUUGUGACUGUAGUGCCCAGUCUCUGGCCUCCUGCUUCGUCCGGCCAUCCCGCAACACCAUCCGACACUCUCCUUCCAAGUGCAGGCUGCAUCCUUCAGAGUCAGGCUGGGGCGGGGAGGAGAGGGCAGCCCCCCAGUGAGUCACAGAGCAGCCAAGCUCCCUGCCUCAAGCAGCCUAGACCCUGGAGAUGAGGCAAGGGGUCACGUCCUCAGCCUCGCUCUGCCUGGGAGGAACAGCAGCUAUGCCGCUGCCAGAGAAGAGCUUUUCAAGGUAAAGCAGGGUGUCCCACUGACUGCUGGGAGGUGACCUCUGAUUUCCAGGGGAAGGCAGUGAGUAGGAGAAAAGACCAACCUGGGUGAUCAGGACUGGGCUUCCCAAGCACCUGAAGAACACCGCACAUUUCUGGGCAAUCCCCAGGAAUGUGGCUCACAGAGAUACUCCAUACUGACCGCAUGUGGAGAAGCCACUGAGAAGAUUGGGGCUUUGCUUGGGGCCCAGCUUGACGCUCUUGAAAGAGCUGGGCUGGGCAGUGUGACCAUCGCUUCUUCUUUCCUCCUCCCAGCUUUACUGAUCAGGUUGCUGGGCCUUCUUGGAGCAGGGAAGGGGAUAUGAUAGAGCAGAACCAAGUCCACUUGGAAUCCUGGAGCCCUGGAUCCCCCUGCCUGUACCUCCACGUAGCAAGAGCUGGGGGCAGGUAAGAGUGUGUCAGGUUCCAGUUGGAGAUCAGAAGAGCUGACUCCCUUGUCAAGGUGACUUGAAGGCCCAACUUGCAUAGCAGACUCCUUGACAACAGAAAUGAGUAGGGUCCCUCUCAACACCUGAUGCAGAGGUAAAAGCCUACAUGCCUUGCCUUGAUUCCCUAGGGCCUCUUUCUUGGUAGCAGGGAUGGGUGCCACAAUCCUGCAUCAAGGAGGGGGCAGAGAUGCUCCCUGGGAGAGACUCUAUUGUUCAGGUCAGGCCAGAGAGCACCAAGAGGCCAGUGGCCCAUGACACAGCCCGAGACAAGGGCCUACAAACAUUUCUUGCCUAGAUUGUUUAUUUGAAUUUUUCAUACUAUAAAUAUUUAAGGUGAUUUAUUUUAAUAAUUUAACUUACUGCCCCCCCCCAGCCCUUAAGGUAAUUUAUUAGAGGUAUUCUUGCCACAGGGACAACAUGGGGCUUGUGACACCGUGGAGUCCCCCAUGUGGUUGAGGCAGCUCAGCACCAGGCUCAGAUGGCCUGGUUUCGUCAGAAGGGCCCCUUGGCAGAACUGGGGCUCUGCACCUUGUUCCCCCAAUACCACUGGCCGUUUAGUCUCAGAUGGCUACGUUUUACUCAUCACCCGGUACUUGGCCUGGCCGCUACAGGCCAGCUUGUGAAUGCUUCAGACACGGUGUAGGCCAGAAUGAUGUCAUCACUCCUCAGACAUCCUUCAUGAUCCCUCGCAUCCCUCCCGGCCCUCCAGCACCUUUCCUCACAAGUCAGACGUAGAUGACUGCAGCUCUCUUCCGAGCACAGCGACCCCCCUCCGUGCGCCCGUGUAAGAACUCACAGGAAAACAGGAUGGACUUCUAGAAUGUUCUCUAUUGCAGCUUUGCACAUGGAUCUGAGAGUGUCUACCAGCCUGCCAGCAUGUUCACCAGCCCUUCUCUUAGCCUUAUAGCCACUCAUGGCUCUUCUUCUAGCCCCAGCUCUACUGCCUGUCCUUCCUACACCCCCAGGAGUCGCCUGAGCCACACCAGUGUAACUCGAACUGCAGUAGAGGGAGCUCACCUGCCUCCCCUUGGUGCCAAUGACGCGCUGCCCUCCUUUUCCUGGCUGGGGAUUCAGACUCAUCCGAGGAUGAAUUGGCUUCUGUGCAGAGUUCCCCAUCAGGAAGACAGAGAGCCAACUGCAGAGGUAGUUUCCUCCAAUACCAGGGAGAUGCCUCUGCUCUCCCGCCUACCGUUUUCCAGGCUACCUCUUUAGGGACACCUGGAACGGUUACCCAAAGCCCCUCGACCCCAUUCCCUAUGGGCAGUAUAGCAGGGUCAGUCCCUCACACCAGCUGUUGCCUCGUGUCCUAAUGACUUGCACGGGCAGAGUCAGCAGGCCGGUAGACCAUGGGCCAGGUCCCUCCAGGAUGCUCCUGCUCUCCUCCAAGAGGUCAGAGGCCCCUCUAAGGUUAUCUCCAGCCGAGGGGACCACAUCAGGCCACAAGCCACCAGAGGCCUUCUGCCACCUCCCAGAGCUGCUGAGAGCCAGGGAGUCUUGAAGAAAAGCCCCCUAGACCUGAACCCCAGGGCUUAGGGGCCACUCAGCCUUACCAUCUGUCCCAUCCGGGUUGUCGUGCAUUCCCACUGUCUCAGCACCUGGCCCCCACGGCCCCCAGCAGGUGUUGCAAGCUCCAAGUCUUGGUUUUCAGUCCCUGUUUCUAAUUCUUGAUUGCCACUGUGCAAGGCCACCUGUCAUUGUCCCUAUCGAAGCCUCCGUACACAGAGGGCUCAAUGGGGUUGAAAAUGUUACAUGUAAAUAAUGGUUUGGUUUGAUCUUUAGCAUUUUACUUGGUAACUGGUUCUGUUUUCUUUUGGGGGGUGGAAGGGUUGGUUUGUAAAUCUCUCUACUCUUUUGAAAUGUAAUUUCUAAGUUUGUUUGUUUCUUCAAAUGCCUUUUAUGUCUUAGUAACAUUCCCAAAGCAGAAAACUGCCUGGCCUACAUGGGGUACUCCCCUGAAGGCCCCGGGUCAUGGGAAGGAGCAACACCCUUCCUCUCAAUCCAUCCUCUUUCUGUUCACCUCCAUUUUUCUCCUUUUCCUUCAGCCCUCUACUUCCUUUUCCUCCCUCUCUAGCCCUCUCCCUCUCCCUCUCCCUCCCCCCCCCUCCCUCUCCCAGUGUCCCAAAGGAACCUUGGGGCCCUAGUCCUCUAAUAGAUUGCCUGGCUUGGGCCCACAGGGUUGACACAGAUUGGCUGGGGGCAUGAGGGUGAAUUGCACGAUUGACACUAAUCUAUGUCUCACAUCUUCCUGGGGAUAAACCAAAUUAGACCGUCUUGGAGGCAAUGGUGAUGGGUUUUGAAAUGAAAUUCAGAGCCCUUGAGACCCCCUGACUGAACAAGGAGAAUCCAUUUCCCUUUGCCCUGUAGCCUUCCUCCCAGUCCUUAUCCUACCAAGGCUUGUUCUCCAGGAGCUCAAAUUGGGCCCUAUCUCUUGGUCUCUCCAGGGAUGUUCGUCUACCAGCUGGCCUCCAGGUGACAAAAAUAAGCACUCAAAAAACUUGACCUUCUGGACACCACUAUGCCACUCCCUGUAUCUUUGGUGGGUGCAUCAGUCACUCAGCUUUGUCUCUUGCCCAGAGGCCCUUCCCCCACCUGCCUCUGCCUCCGGAGUGCUGGGAUUAAAGGCGUGCGUCACCACUGCUCGAGGGCAGCUCUUAAGAGGCUUUUUGACAGGCCAGGGCUUACCAUCUCAUUCUACAGUUCUCAUGCCGGAGCCUGGAACCAGGAAGAUAUCUGCCUUACAGCAGGACUCUCGCCUGCUUUCUGUACCAACUCACUGGGACGCUGGCCAGGGUCAGGGCAUCCCAGAUUUGCCACUGCCGGACCCAGAAGCAAGACCUGCAACUCUCUGAACCUUUGGGGUUAGCUCUCUGGGAGAUCCGUAUGCACCAGUGACUGGUGUUUACACUCACGGGUCCAACAAUUCCCAGCUGAUACAUGGUGAGCCAGUGCUCACUGUGCUAGGUCCUCGACAAGAGCCCUGAGCACUGGGGACGGGGGUGUCUCAGCCAAACUCAGCUUUGGGUAAAUUGCCAAGGGUUUCCAAAAGGCAGCAAAAACAGUCUUUCACCUUAGUCACGUGUUUCGUGAAAUAACCAAGCUAGAAGUGUUGAGGCUGAUGGCGGCACAGCCCUUUCAUCGCAGCUACUCAGGAGGCUGAAGCAGGAGGAUCAGGUUCAAAGCCUGCUUGGGCUAAAGAGUGAGUUCAUGGUCAGCCUGGGCAGUUUUCUGAGGCCUUGUCUCAAAAUGAAGAUUUUUAGAAAGUGCUGGGUAGCUCAGUGGUAGAUGCUUGCUUCGCAUGUGUGAGGCCCUGGGUUCUUUCCUUAGUAUUGGAAAACAAAGAAAAUGAGAAAAUCAAAGGGUGAGGACUGGGCACAUGUAUGUCAGUAGUAGAGCACUUGCCUAGCAUAGGAAAAAAGAAAAAAAAAUCUUUCCCCAAUCUACCCACUAUAAUCCCCAUAAUUACAUAAUUUAAGUUAGACUGCACCCCCUUACUUUUUGUUUGUCUGUUUUUGUUUUCAGACAUGAUCAUGCUAUGUAUCCCUGGCAGAUCUGGAAAUUGCUAUUUUGGCCUUAAACUUGUAAUUCUCCUGCCUCUGCCUCCAAGUUUAAUGAAUUAACGAUUAAUAGGCCUGCGGCACCAUCCACAGCCUUAAAUUUUAUUCUUAAGUUCCCUGGCAGUCACGGUAAGACGAGAAGCAUAUCAGGCCUUUAUCAUUUCCAGCCAUCUGUCAUGUGAGGCAAGCGUGUUUGCUCAGAGACAGACUGAUGUGGAAGCGUGAGUUCUUUCCUCGAAGAGCGAGGAGCUGCUUGGUUUGCCCAAGACAAAGCUUGUUUUCCGGGUGACUGUUUUACAGAAUAAUAAACUGCCACCAACUUGAAUGACCUCGGCCAGAUCACAUAGCUAGUCUAUGCCUCAGUUUCCCCAGCCACAGAGUGGCGGCUAUGCCAAAGACCAAAUAUAUCAUGCCUGUUCGUCUCCUGAGAAAAGCUGGCAUUCUAUCAAAUCUGAAGUGAAACUGAGCGCUCUCAGAGGCAUUGAGGUGCUCGGUGCCCUGGCUCUGGAGGUGGUGUGUACCUCCUUCUCUCAUUGGCCUUAAAAUAAAUAGAAGGGACCACAAGAGAAUCUCGGUCAUCAUGCUCACAUUUUAAAAUGCUACUGUAAUCUGUUUAAGUGUGUGUGUGUGUGUGUGUGUGUGUGUGUGUGUGUGUAUACACGUGCUAGGAAUGAGACCCAGCAUGUGAGAGAAGCACUUUACCACUGAGACACAUCUUCAAUGCCUAACAGGCUUUUU